AUGGCUCCCUCUCUUCACCCUCUCGUCGACAACGGCAUCACUGCCGGCUCCAGCAGCUUUGCCGGUGGAAAGCUCCACUGUCAUUGCCCCUCCAACCAAGUCGAGAUCACUCUGAGCAGCAAUGUCGCUCACAACCACGCCUGUGGUUGCUCUAAGUGCUGGAAGCCUAAGGGCUCCCUCUUCUCCAUUGUCGGCGUUGUUCCCCGUGACGCCGUCUCCGUGACCGCCAACGCCUCCAAGCUCACUAUCGUCGACAAGGAAGCCACUAUUCAGCGCAAUGCUUGCAAGGAUUGCGGAGUUCACCUGUUCGGUCGCAUUGAGAAGGAUCACCCCUUCAAGGGUCUAGACUUCGUCCACGCCGAACUGUCUAGCGAGAAGGGCUGGCAAGAGCCCCAAUUCGCUGGAUUCAUUUCUUCCAUCAUUGAGCAGGGUACCAACCCCAAGUCAAUGGAUGACGUCCGCGCCAAGUUCCAGUCCGUUGGAUUGCAGACAUACGAUGUUUUGUCCCCAGCUCUCAUGGAUUUGAUCUCCACUUUCACAGCACAGAAGGCCGGCGUUCGGUUUGCCAACCUGUAA